AUGAAGACUAGUUCCACAGGACCACCCAACCAAGGGGUCAGAGAGAAAAGUUAUACAGAUUUAGCAUCAAAUGCUGUUUUCAUGUCCUAUCACUCCUAUUUAUCUGCAAUUAGAAGCACUAGUCUCACGGAAGUACCCAGUCAACGGAUUGGAGAGACAAGAUGUACAGAUUUAGCAUCAGGAAAAGUGUUUACGGUUCUACCACCAGGCUUGACAGCUACUGGAAGAGCGACAUACCAAACAAUCAAACGUUCUCGCCCUUCCUACGCUUACCACCUGAGAUUCGAACUCAAAUCUAUGACCUACUAUCUCCUCCCUCCCAGGCCAUUAGGGUGCUCUAUCACCAUUUUCAGCGCGAUGUUGAAGUACGUAAUGGUAUACGUUACAGAAAGUACACCAAAGGAGGUCUGGCCUACUACAAAAAUCUCUCAGUGA